AUGGCGACCGUAGACGAAGAAAUUAAGACUCUCACCUACUACAACUUCCGACCUCUACUUCUUCGUGGUUAUGUAGGACCUUUCCUUGUGCUGUAUAUACUCUGGUUAUAUCUGUAUGUGUUUGUGUAUGGCACAAAAGAUUACUUUGAUGCUGGUGUCAUCGCCGUCGGUAUUAUUUUGUUCAUACAUGUGCUGACCAGGUUGUUUUGCGUGUGGUCUGUUCAUGUCCAGUGUGCCCUAACCUGCUCUGUUGAGAAAGAUCCAUUCCAAGCUUCUUGGGUCAAAGUAGUCCCAACACCAAAUCAUGGUUCAAUAGAAUUGGUGAGACUGCACCAUGAAAAGGAUACAUCCCAGAAGGAAGUUUGGUUUACCUUUCAAAAGACAAAGUAUAUUUAUGAUGCAGAAGAGAAGAAACGUUUUCAGCCAUUAAAUUUCCCCAUUGACCUGACCAUCAGGCAAUUUAUGGAAUGGAAAGGUUAUCCUGAUGAGAAUGAAAUCAAAAUUUCUGAACAGAAAUAUGGCAAAAACACCAUGGAAAUGGUUGUUCCAAAAUUCAUGGAGUUAUUCCAAGAGAGAGCAACCGCUCCCUUUUUUAUAUUCCAAGUAUUUGGUGUUGCCCUGUGGAGUCUGGAAGAAUAUUGGUACUACAGUCUCUUCACUCUGGUUAUGUUGGUGGCCUUUGAAGCAACUCUAGUUCAACAACAACUGCGUAAUAUGACAGAAAUUAGGAAAAUGGGAAAUAAACCCUACAUUAUUCAGGUAUACAGAAAUCGUCGUUGGCGAGGUAUUGUUAGUAAUGAACUAAUUCCAGGAGAUAUAGUCUCUAUUGGUCGAACCCAAGAUGAGAAAUUGGUUCCCUGUGAUUUACUCCUCCUUCGAGGACCCUGUAUUGUCGAUGAAUCAAUGUUAACUGGAGAGUCUGUUCCUGUUAUGAAGGAACCAGUUGAAAAUUUGACUAAUCAGGAUCACGUCUUCAACCUGGAAACUGAUGGUCAAUUGCAUGUGUUGUAUGGAGGAACAAAGGUUGUUCAGCACACUCCUCCAAGUAAAACUGCCGCUGGAUUGAAAUGUGACAACAUGUGUAUUGCUUAUGUUUUGCGGCACAGUUUCAAUACCUCUCAGGGCAAACUGUUGCGUACCAUUCUCUUUGGUUCCAAGCAUCUGACUGCCAACAAUUUGGAAACCUUCUUCUUCAUUCUCUUCCUGCUUGUCUUUGCUAUCAUAGCUGCAGCUUAUGUUUGGAUUUAUGGUACCAUGGAUCCUGACAGAAACCGAUAUAAAUUAUUCUUGGAAUGCACCAUCAUUUUGACUUCAGUUGUCCCACCAGAAUUACCAAUAGAACUCUCUUUAGCUGUUAACACUUCACUAUUAGCACUCAUUAAAUUCAAUAUCUACUGUACAGAACCUUUCCGUAUUCCAUCUGCUGGCAAGCUGGACAUUUGUUGUUUUGAUAAAACUGGAACAUUAACAAGUGACAAAUUAGUUGUAGAAGGUGUAGCAGGACUUGAGGGUAAAAACUUGGUCCCCACUCACACUGCUCCUGUAAUUACUAACCAAGUGCUGGCCACUUGUCACUCCCUUGUUCAAAUGGAAGAAGAACUUAUUGGAGAUCCUCUAGAAAAGGCCACUCUCCAUGCUGUUGAGUGGAAAUUAACCAGAAAUGAUGCCGUCAUUCCAAUGAAGAUGAAAACUCAUGGGCUGAAAAUUUAUCAUCGGUUUCACUUCUCCAGUGCUCUGAAGAGAAUGUCAGUGAUUGCAGGGUACACACCACCAGGUUCAGGAGAGACUGAAUACAUUGCCACAGUAAAAGGAGCUCCAGAGACUCUGAAAAGCAUGUUCAAAAAUCCUCCUGGAGAUUAUGAUGAAGUAUACCUAGCAAUGGCCAGAAGAGGAGCAAGAGUUUUGGCCUUGGGCCAUAAAACUCUUGGGGUGUUAUCUCAUCAACAGGUUCGAGAUCUAAACAGGGAUAAUGUUGAAUGCUACUUGCAAUUUGCUGGUUUUGUUAUUAUUUCAUGUCCUCUGAAAUCUGAUUCAAAAGCUGUGAUCAAAGAAAUUCAACAGUCUUCCCAUCAUGUUGGCAUGAUCACUGGGGAUAAUCCCCUCACUGCCUGCCAUGUGGCUCAAGAACUUCACAUUACCCAUUGUGAACAUACUCUUGUUUUGCAAUCUCCUAAUUCAAAAUCACUCAAAUGGUACUGGCAGUCAAUUGAUGACAACAUCAUUGAAAACCUUGAGGAAAACAACUUAAGAAAUUUAAUGUCAAAGUAUGAUUUGUGUGUUACAGGGCAGGGUAUUUCGUAUUUACAAACAACAUUUCCCCACUUGAUGAAAAUACUCCUUCCUAAUGUUAAAGUUUUUGCACGCGUAGCUCCAAAACAGAAGGAGUUUGUCAUAACAUUAUUUAAGGAACUUGGUUUUGUGUCAUUAAUGUGUGGAGAUGGCACUAAUGAUGUUGGAGCUUUGAAGCAUGCGGAUGUUGGAGUUGCUUUGGUUGCCAAUGCACCGGAAAGGAUUUUAGACAAAAAUGAAAAGAAAAAAUCAAAGAAAACAGAAGCAUUAAGCAACAAUGACAGUUCUUCAUCUGUAGACAAACCCAACAUACCAACAAGAGCCAAAAUGACGAGUAAGGCUGCAAAGCAGCGAGCAGUAAACAGGGGAGAUAACUUGGCAUCAACCGAGAAAAAAAUAGCCAAUCUUAUGAAAAGAAUGGAAGAAGAGGAGAAAGCCCAAGUUGUCAGGCUUGGAGAUGCCAGUAUAGCUGCACCAUUUAGUUCUAAAGUUUCUUCUGCUCUGUCAGUGUGUCACAUAAUCAAACAAGGUCGUUGUACAUUAGUGACCACCCUACAGAUGUUCAAGAUCCUUGCACUCAAUGCCCUCAUCCUUGCCUACAGCCAGAGUGUUCUCUAUUUAGAUGGAGUGAAAUUUAGUGACAGUCAACAAACUAUACAAGGCUUACUCUUAGCUGGUUGUUUUCUAUUUAACUCUAAAUCAAAGCCACUACGAACGCUAUCAAAGGAAAGACCUCUGCCAAAUAUAUUUAACAUCUAUACCAUCCUCACUGUGAUGGGACAAUUUGCUGUUCAUUUCUCUAGUUUGGUAUAUCUGGUCAGAGAUGCUAGAUUUCGCUCUGGCUAUGAUGAAUACAGGAAAGUUGAUCUGGAAGCAAAAUUUGAGCCAACACUACUAAACUCCACCGUUUAUAUUAUUUCCAUGACUCUUCAGGUAUCAACAUUUUUUGUCAACUAUACAGGUGAACCAUUUAUGGAAGGUUUGAAGGACAAUAAACCUUUGUUAUAUAGUUUGUUAGUGUCUGGCAGCACUGUGCUCCUGUUGGCUUCUGGAGUCUUUCCACAAAUGCUGGAAAUGUUUCAGCUUGUAGAACUUCCGUCUGAUUUUUGUCACACUCUGGUUGUUGUCAUCCUGAUUGAUAUCAUAGGAUCAUGGCUGGUUGACAAAGUGUGCCAUUACUUCUUUGGCAAAGGCAAAGUACGAAAGGUGUAA